AUGACGAUGGUGGCCAUGCUACGCCGCCUUGCUCUUUCCUGCUACCUCGCCGCCGCCCUUCUCCUCCUCGUGUUCCUCAACGCGCCGCUCACGGGCGCGCAGCCGCUGCCGUGGCAGCUGUGCAACGCCACCGCGGGGAACUACACGGAUGGCAGCGCCUACCAGGCCAACAUACGCGCCCUCGCCAGCGCCUUCCCCGUGAAGGCCUCCGCGUCCCCGGCCCUCUUCGCCAAGGGCGCGGCCGGCACAGGAUCGGACGUCGUCUACGCGCUGGCCCUCUGCCGCGGCGACACCAACGCCUCCUCCUGCUCGGCAUGCGUCACCGCCGCCUUCCGGAACGCGCAGCAGCUCUGCGCCUUCAACAAGCGUGCCACCAUGUUCGACGACCCCUGCAUCCUCCGCUACUCCGACCAGGACUUCCUGGCCAACGUCACCGACAACAGGGGGAGGUCCGGCGCAUUCAAUGCCAACAACGUCAGCGCGGCAUCGGCGGCAGCCUUCGACGCUGCCUCCGGCCGGCUGGUCAACGCAACCGCCGACUACGCGGCGGAGGACUCGAGCCGGCGAUUCGGCACGGGGGAGGUGGGGUUCGACCAGACUUAUCCCAGGAUUUACUCCCUGGCGCAGUGUACGCCGGACAUGUCGGCGGCUCAAUGCAGGAGCUGCCUCAGGGACAUCAUUGUCCAGUAUACUCCUCGAUAUUUCCUUGGAAAGCCGGGCGGGAGAAUAUUCGGCGUGCGCUGCAGCUUCCGGUUCGAGACGUACUCUUUCUUCCUUGGGCGCCCGCUGCUGCAACUGCCCGACGCGCUGUCUCCUGCACCGGCGCCAGCGGCCGCCACCAGAGAAGGCAAAAGUAGGCAUAGGACUGGACUGGUCUUGGCCAUUACACUGCCUACCGCUGCUGCACUACUACUUCUCAUUUCAAUGUGCGUUUGCUUUUGGAGGAGGAGCAAACCAGCAGUACCAUAUUCAACUAAUCAGGAUGAAAUCCAAAGCAUCGAUUCCCUCCUUCUUGACUUAUCUACCCUGCGGGCCGCAACAAAUAACUUUGCUGAAAGCAACAAGCUUGGCGAAGGAGGGUUCGGUGCGGUUUACAAGGGUGUCCUUUCUGAAGGUGGUCAGGAAAUAGCAGUGAAGAGGCUUUCGCAGAGCUCCACGCAAGGAAUAGAAGAGUUGAAAACGGAGCUGGCUCUAGUGGCCAAGCUUCAGCACAAGAAUCUCGUGAGGCUCGUUGGUGUUUGCUUGGAAGAAAAGGAGAAGCUACUCGUGUAUGAAUACAUGCCGAACCGGAGCCUCGACACCAUUCUCUUCGAUUCUGAUAAAAGCAGGGACCUGGACUGGGGGAAGAGGCUGAAGAUCGUGAGCGGGGUCGCUCGGGGCUUGCAGUACCUCCAUGAAGACUCGCAGCCAAGGAUCAUCCACCGGGACCUCAAAGCGAGCAACGUGCUGCUGGACUCAGAUUGGAACCCAAAGAUUUCGGACUUCGGUUUGGCAAAACUGUUCGGUUGGGAUCAGUCACAGGCCUUCACCAGCCACAUCGCUGGAACAUAUGGAUACAUGUCGCCGGAGUACGCGAUGCGCGGGCAGUAUUCGGUGAAGUCGGACGCCUACAGUUUCGGCGUUCUGGUCUUGGAGAUUAUCACGGGAAGGAAGAAUAGCAGCUUCGCCAACUCGGAGCAAUCCAUUGACCUCUCAAGCCUCGUAUGGGAGCACUGGACCAGGGGAACGGUCGAGGAGCUGCUGGAUCCGUCCUUGGGAGGCCGUUCUCCGGGAGGCCAUUUGCUGAAGCUGGUUAACAUCGGGCUGCUGUGUGUCCAACACAACCCCGAGGACAGGCCGACCAUGUCGAUGGUCAACGUCAUGCUCAGCAGCAACACAGUAUCUCUGCAGGCGCCGUCGAGGCCAACAUUCUGCAUCGACGAGAUGGAGGGUUUCUCGGGCAUGUACUCUACCGAGGGUAGCAAGCCAGAGGGUGUGUCAGUGAACGAGGUGUCACUAACGUGCCCGGAUUCAUAG